AGUCAACCCGGCAUAAGACAAGCAUCACAUCGCGCUCACCAUCACAUGUAGUACUCACCUCAAUGCUCAUCCAACAUCUCACCGAUAAACUAAAGUUCUACCCCGCAAGACGAAAGGCCUGGGAAGACUUGACCGAGAGUCGACAUUGAAUCUGGAACCAUGCGACCCCUCUCCAUCCAAGCCAGAAGCUCAACUCCGAGCUCAUCGAGCCACAAUGCUGGAGAAAGGAAUUGAGGACCGGCGAUUAUCGUCAUGGGCCAUCAUGGAUGGACAAAUUCGAGAAAUCAGGACAUCAGUGUCUCCCGAAGUCAUCGACGUUUCCAACUUUCUUUCUAUAACCCCAUCACGCAAAACACCAGCAUUCUGUCCUUCAUCAAUCUUCUACGCAAGACCUCCAAGCCCCCCACCAAAAUGCGCGGAAAGGUCACCAUCGAGGAAGCCUUCGAGAUCCCGUCCGAGGCGGAUCAGAGCCGCGACCAGGCGGCGAUCUACGUGGCGCCGGACGACCUGGAGCGCUACCUGCGGCAGAUCAAGUCGAUCACGGGGGAGCGGCUGAAGAUCUCGGAGGACAACGGGAUCGGGUACACGGUGCUGUCGCUGACGGUGCCGGGGAUCCAGGGGAUCCGGGAGCGUGAGAAGGCGGAGUCGCACGCGCGCGAGGUGAACAACUACAUCGCCGACAAGAUUAAGGACCACCGCGACCGGCUGGGCGCGUUCGCAGCGCUGUCGAUGCACGACCCGGCGCAGGCGGGCAAGGAGCUGCGGCGCUGCGUGAAGGAGCUGGGCUUCCACGGGGCCCUGCUGAACGACGUGCAGCACACCAACCAGCGCGGCCGCUGCCUGUACUACGACCAGCCCGAGUACGACGAGUUCUGGCGCGUGGCCGUCGAGCUCGACGUGCCCAUCUACCUGCACCCGGCCGCGCCCACGGGCGACAACUACAAGGAGCACUACGAGAACCGCAAGUACCUGGUCGGCCCGCCGCAGAGCUUCUGCAACGCCGUCGGCCGCCACGUCAUGGGCCUCAUCACCAACGGCGUCUUCGACCGCUUCCCCAACCUCAAGCUGAUCCUCGGCCACCUCGGCGAGCGCAUCCCCUUCGACUUCUGGCGCGCCAACCACUGGAUCAACGACGUCGAGCGGCCCCUCGCCAAGAAGAACGGCGACACCAUGUGCGAGCGCGACGUCCUCCACUACUUCAAGAACAACAUCUACGUCACCACCAGCGGCCACUUCAGCACCAACACCCUGCGCUUCGUCGCCGAGGAGAUCGGCGUCGACCGCAUCAUGUUCAGCGUCGACUACCCCUACGAGAGGCUGGAGAACGGCUGCGGUUGGUUCGACAACAACUCCGACGAGCUCAAGAAGGUCCUCGGCGGCCGCGACGGCUAUCUGCGUGUCGGCAGGGACAACGCCAAGAACGUCCUCAAGCUCUCCAAGUUCAAGGACUCCGACGCCCCCGUCUGAUCUGGAUGGCUUUUUAGGUGUCAGCAUCAACUGAUUUGCCUGCUUGCUUUCGCUUUUGCUCGAUUUCGAGUCUUGACUUCUCUUUUCUUCGUGUCUUUCAUUGUUUCGUUUGUUGCUCGUAGGCUGAAAAUUGCGUGGAACAUGCGCUGAAUCAGGGGUGGGGGCGGGUUUGCUAAGACUGUGAAC